GUUCAGAGCGGUUAAGAGGUGUGCUGCUGCUGAUAUCCGGAUCUCGUCGAUCCCUGAAGGAUCUCAUCCACUAACUGCUACACACAGUCCGACUCAGGUACAUCAAGUAGGCCUGGUCUGUCUAUUACUAUUAUGCACUAGCAGCAUAGACGCGAUACACCCAAUGCAGAGAAGGGCAUUGCAAAGAUGGAUGUGCGUGGGAAAGCAGACGCGGUGCACAAACCAAAAUGCGGAUCCCGAGCAUUUCCCUAUAAGGCUCAGGCUUUUCGAGGCCGUUAGAUCAGGAACCAGCCGAUAUGAUCCUGCAAUCACGAGAGAGUUUUCCAUGAGCAGCGUCAGGUAUCUGGAGUCAAAGAAUCUGGUUCACGACUCGCUGAUCUGCUCGAACAUCCUUCUCUACGUAGAUGGGCUCGUGAGAAUCAGUUCGUCACAUCCUUUCCUGCCUUGGGUUUUGAUCUCUGACCAGAUGACAAACUGCACGGGAGAGCUGCCUCUCGUUUCCAGAUGAAGCUUAUAGAAACAGGCAGCGCGCGCCCGCCUAGUCCUAGUGCGCUGCGAGGCGAUCACGCUAAAGAUCACGAGUCGCUAGCGCCUAGAGGGUCGACUCCACGAUCAGAACAUGGCGCUAACAUGCACGCUCGCACGUCGGUCAAGAUGGAGCUGAACAACGACAAUAGACCUUC